CUCGGCACACACCCCCCCUUGGCCGGAGCCUGUGGGGCGAGAAGGGGGCCGGGACUCAGUCGCUCGGGCGGGUUGCAGAGCUCUGCACCAAACGUCCCGGGCCGGGGGAAAAAAAGCCCCUUGGGAUCAUGUGGCGCUCUCGGAGGACGGUCACCGAGGCCACCUUUCCCAGGGGACCCCGGCGCCGCUCGUGGGUGCUGGCCGUGGGGGCGGCGGCUGCCGUCUUCCUCCUGGGCUUCUUCAUCGGCUGGGUGAGCAAGCCUGAGGAUCAGUUGCCGGCAACAGGGUCUGACCUGAAAAUGAAGAAAGCCUUUCUGAUGGAGAUGAAAGCGGAGAACAUCCAGCAGUUCUUAUACAAUUUCACUUACUAACGCCCUCACUUGAAGUGCUACAGUAGCCUGAACUUACACCUUGCAGAAGAAAUACAAGCCCAGUGGAAGGAAUUUGGCUUGGAUUCAGUUCACUUGGCCCCCUAUGAAGUUCUGCUGUCCUACCCGAAUGAAACAAAUCCUAACUACAUCUCAAUUGUCGAUGAAGAGGGGCAUGAGAUUUUCACCACAUCAUUAACGGAGCCUCCUCCUCCAGGUUAUGAAGACAUUGGAGAUGUCGUUCCACCCUACAGUGCAUUCUCAGCCCAGGGAGUGCCUGAGGGAGAUCUCGUGUAUGUCAACUACGGCCGCAUAGAGGACAUAUUCAAAUUAGAACGAGAGAUGGGGAUUAAUUGUUCCGGCAAAAUUGUCAUCGCCAGAUACGGGAAAAUCUUCCGAGGUAACAAGGUGAAGAAUGCAGAGAUGGCUGGAGCCAAAGGUGUGAUUUUAUACUCCGACCCCGCAGAUUCCUGCGCCCCUGGAGUAAAUCCUUACCCAGGUGGUUGGAACCUUCCAGAAGGAGGAGUCCAGCGAGGGAAUGUUUUGAAUCUGAAUGGGGCAGGAGAUCCUCUGACCCCAGGGUAUCCAGCCAACGAGUAUGCCUUCCGUUAUGAUGAAGCAGAAGCAAUAGGCCUCCCAAAAAUCCCUGUCCAUCCUAUCGGUUACCGUGAUGCCGAGCAGUUGCUGAAGGAGAUGGGGGGCCCUCCCCCUCCAGACGACAGCUGGAAAGGAAACCUCUCUGUGCCUUACAACAUUGGGCCGGGGUUUGGAGGAAAUUCCUCAAAAAGGAUGGUAAAGAUGCACGUUCACAGCUUCAGCAAAGUGACAAGAAUAUACAACGUGAUCGGCACCCUCCGAGGAGCGAUAGAACCAGACAGGUAUGUUAUUCUCGGAGGCCAUCGUGACUCUUGGGUGUUUGGAGGAAUUGAUCCUCAGAGUGGAGCUGCUGUCGUUCAUGAGAUUGUCAGAAGCUUUGGAAAGUUAAAACGGAAUGGAUGGAGACCCAGAAGGACCAUCAUCUUUGCCAGCUGGGAUGCAGAGGAAUUUGGCUUGCUAGGAUCUACAGAGUGGGCUGAGGAAAAUGUCAAACUGUUGCAGGAGCGUGCAGUGGCCUACAUCAACGCCGACUCCUCUGUGGAAGGCAACUACACCCUUCGGGUUGACUGUACCCCCCUGAUGUACAGCCUGGUGUACAAGCUGACUAAAGAGAUACCAAGCCCGGAUGAAGGGUUCGAAGGCAGAUCUCUUUACGAAAGCUGGCUGAAGAAAAACCCGUGGAAGGACGUCCCCUGGAUCAACAAACUUGGCUCGGGCAAUGAUUUCGAGGUUUUUUUCCAGCGGCUGGGCAUUGCGUCUGGCAGAGCUCGUUACACUAAAAAUCGGAAAGUGGACAAAUUUAGCAGCUACCCAGUUUAUCACAGUGUCUAUGAGACCUAUGAGAUUGUGGAGCGGUUUUACGACCCCACGUUUAAGAACCACCGGGCUGUGGCCCAGGUCCGGGGUGGGCUGGUUUUUGAGCUGGCCGACUCCCUCGUCCUUCCUUUCGAUUGCUGGGAUUACGCAGAGGCGUUAAAGAGCUACGCCCAGGUCAUUUACAACCUGACCCAGAAAUACCCGACAGAACUGAUGACAUACAACGUGUCCUUGGAUCCUCUUUUCUCCGCUGUGAAGAAUUUCUCAGAAGCUGCUAGUGACUUUCACACAAGGCUGCAGCAACUGGAUACCAGAAACCCGCUUGCAGUGAGAUCUCAGAAUGACCAGCUGAUGUUCCUGGAAAGAGCAUUUAUCGAUCCUCUAGGUUUACCUGGCACUCCUUUUUAUAGACACAUCAUCUUUGCUCCCAACCACUACAACAAGUACGCCGGAGUGUCCUUUCCGGGGAUCUAUGACGCCUUGUUUGAUAUCAGCAACCGGACAGACCAAGGCAAGGCCUGGGGAGAAGUUAAGAGGCAGAUCUCCAUUGCAGCCUUCACGGUACAAGCAGCCGCUGGGACUCUGAGAGAACCUGUGUGAACGUACUGGAGGCAAAAAGACAAUGACUUUACCCUAUGAAACUUUGCUUACCUUGGAGUCUGGUGAGCAUAGAAAUGAUCCUCAUAUCCCUUCUGCCUUCAAGAGAAUCAAGAUUUGUCGACAGAGUCUUCCUAAUGAUCUUUUGAGUCACUGAAGAAGAAGAAGGGCUUUCACAUCCCACUUUUCUCUACCUUUAAGGAAUCUAAGAGCUGCUUACAAACUCCUUUCCCUUCCUCUCCCCACAACAGACACUUUGUGAGAUA